CGGGCCAUUAGGACCUCCGAUUGUUAAAUGGUCACACUUUGACAACUUCGAGUGCCUUGUGAGAGCCAAAACUGCGGCCACAUCAAUUCAUCCUCCUGUCAAUCGGUAUCGAACGAUAGGCCCCGCCCCCACGCACCCUCACAAAUCGCCGACAAAAUGGACGCGCUUCGGUCGGCUUUGCAGCCUGUCACCCACAACCUUCCGGGUCCGAUCCGGGAUAUCGGCCUCUCCCUCAUCGGAGACUCGUGUUACAAGAAGCUGAUCCUCGAUAUCGACCUCGAGAACAACCCCGAAUGCGUUAAGCUCGGCAUCAGCAAGGCCCUCGGCAUUGGCAUCGUCGCUGCCUCCUCCAUAGUCAAGGUGCCCCAGAUCCUCAAGCUCGUCAACUCCAAGUCGGCCAGCGGCGUCUCUUUCCUGUCGUACCUCCUCGAGACUAGCAGCUUGCUUACGUCGCUCGCCUACAAUGUCCGCAACGGAUUCCCCUUCAGCACCUUUGGCGAGACGGCCUUGAUCCUCGGUCAGAACGUCAUCAUCACGGUGCUCGUGCUCAAGUACAGCGGCAGGGCUGGCAUCGCGGCCUUGUUCGUCGCGGCGCUGGCUGUCAGCGUUGCUACUCUCUUCAGCGAGCAGCUUCUCAACAUGCAGCAGUUGAGCUACCUCCAGGCCGGCGCUGGCGUUCUGGGUGUCGCCAGCAAGGUUCCCCAGAUCGUGGCUAUUCUGCAGGAGGGUGGAACUGGACAGCUGAGUGCAUUUGCUGUCUUCAACUACCUCGCCGGAUCCCUCUCGCGCAUCUUUACCACUCUCCAGGAGGUCGACGACAAGCUCAUUCUCUACGGAUUCAUUGCCGGUUUCGCGCUGAACCUGGUCCUCGCUCUGCAGAUGGUAUACUACUGGAACGCGCCCUCAGCCAAGGCACGGGGCAAGCAGAAGGUGCCUGCUGGCCCGAUUCCUGCUGCGGCGUCGUCGGCUACCGCUACUGGCGCUUCCACCUCCUCCGAGCCGAGAGCAAAGAGCAAAGGUCCCACGACCCGUCGCCGCGGUUAGACAGACCAGCGUGUAUUUCUCUUUCUGGCUGGGCUAGUUUGAGGAUGAUAUUGUGCGGGGUAUUUCUAGUUGCUUUUUCUGGUAUAUGAACAUUUUGAAAGACAUGAGCUUCCGAUGAAUCUUUGGUGUGAGCUGACUUUCCGUCCUGCGUACAUAUGCUCCAAAAGAGUUAUCCAGGAGCCUUUUGAAGAUAUCUAAUACUGCGUUCACGGAAACUGGAGGGCGUUUGAAUGAUUUGGCGUCUUCAGAUCAAACCACUGUCCUGGUCCGAUAACUUGCAUUGGUUCACCAAGAGACCGAUCGAGACUUGAUCUUGGUCCUAGGUCUAGGCUUCAGAAGUGACACAUGACCACGAAUUUAGAAAAUGUUGAGAUGGCAAUGGCGGUGACUGUUCAGACGUCAAAACAAACGAACCAACCAAGCUGCUCAGAGGCUCUCAACUACAUAUCCUGCUGUCCAGAUUCGGCCUUCCGAG